AAACUUGUAGUGUAAGCUUAUGGUACAAACGUCAUAGAGAAUCGCGCCUAAAAACGCAUUCCUUCUUGUGUUUUUAACCCGUCGAAGAUGAGCUCAUUUCUUUGAAAACCCUUCGACGCUCGAAAAUCGAAAUUCGAAACUCGAAGAAAUCCCAGGUGUCGGAUUGGGGUACGGAAUCAGGUUCUCAGUAAUUGGGGACAGCCGAUGAGAUCAUGAAAUAGACAGGAAGUGGUGAUUGAAGAUUCGGUUUGAGUAUCUGAGAUCCAAUGACGUGCCGAGGGUGCUUGGAAUGCCUGCUGAAGCUUCUCAAUUUCAUAUUGACGGUAGUUGGAUUGGCGAUGGUGGGGUAUGGGAUUUACUUGCUGGUGGAGUGGAAGAGGAUCUCCGAUGGCUCAGCGGUCAUACCUGGGGGUGAGGGUGGUGAGUUUUUGAAGCUCGGUCGGCCGAUGCUGCUUGCCAUUUCUCUCCCUCCAGAUAUUCUCAACAAGCUUCCGAGAGCUUGGUUCAUUUACUUAUUCAUUGGUGUUGGAGUAAUUCUCUUUGUCAUUUCUUGUUUUGGUUGUAUUGGAGCAGCUAUCAGGAAUGGGUGCUGCCUAACAUGUUAUUCUGUAUUGGUGAGCUUGUUGAUCUUAGCAGAGCUGGGAUGUGCAGCUUUCAUAUUCUUCGACCAUAGCUGGAAAGAUGCAAUUCCUGUUGAUAAAACUGGAGAUUUUGACAUGAUCUAUGGUUUCUUGAAGAAGAACUGGAAAAUUGCAAAAUGGGUUGCUGUAGGGGCUGUUGUUUUGGAGGCAUUGGUAUUCUUGUUGGCUCUUGUUGUAAGGGCUGCAAACAGAUCAGCAGAGUAUGACAGUGAUGAUGAGUACUUAGGCCCAAGGCCCAACAUGCGUCAGUCAUUGAUAAACAGGCAGAGUGCUCCAGUAACUGGGGUGCCAGUGACUGGUUUUCUAGAUCAUCGUCCAAGCAGGAAGGUCUCCUGGAGUACACGGACGAGAGAAAAGUAUGGGCUCGAUGAAUCUGAGUUCACAUACAACCCCACAGAAGCAAACAGGUUUCAGCAAGCAGCAGCAGCGCCAGCGCCAGCAGAAGAAAAAGGAUGGUGCAGCAUAAUGUGAUAGUUGGCCACUGAAACUCACUGAGGGCAGGUUUCUCUUAAAAAAAAAUGAUUUCAUCAGACAUCGGUGUGCGACUGGAAGUUUCUCAGAAUGGUUUUCUUUUUGGUUGUGCAGAAUAGACCGUUUGAACAGUGUUCACUUUUCAUUUGAAGGCACUCGUAAUAUUCAUGUUGUCAGGAAUGCUUAGAAAUGGGUAUUGCCAUGACUACCUUCAUCCAAGAAAUGCUUAUGGGCGCACCA